UAUCGGAGGAGGUCUCGAGGAGAGGAGAGGAGAGGAGAGGAGAGGAGAGGAGAGGAGGAGAGGAGCUCUAUAAAGUACUUCCCCAGCCAGCCAGCCAGGCAGCCAGCUGCUCCUUCAUUCCUCCGCUCUUUGUCUGGCGGCAGCACCGCCUCCAUGUCGCCUCAUCGGUACUCCCCCAACGGCUCCGCCGCCGUGCGGAGCGAGACGGCCGCUCGAGCUGCAGCGGCCGGUCCCUACUACUACGGAGAACCACACAAGUUCGAUCCGUCCUUCAGAGGUCCAGUCCGCAGAAGAAGCUGCACUGAUAUCUUAUGUUGUUUGAUCUUCAUCAUUGUCAUCCUCGCAUAUGUGGCCCUGGGAAUAGUGGCCUGGUUACAUGGGGACCCCAGGAAGGUGCUCCAUCCAACAGACAGCUAUGGUCAGUUCUGUGGUCAGAAGGGGACUUCCAAUGCGAAGAAACCCAUCCUUUUCUAUUUCAACAUCUUGAAAUGUGCCAACCCGGCUAUACUCAUCAACCUACAGUGCCCCACAACUCAGAUGUGUGUGUCAAAGUGCCCGGACAAGUUUGCCACCUACACUGAGAUGCAGCUGCAACACAAACUCAGCAAGAGUUACUGGGAAUAUUACAGACAGUUCUGUAAGCCUGGCUUCAAUAACCCUGACAAGCCAGUAACUCAGGUUCUACGAGAUGAGGACUGUCCCUCCAUGAUUGUACCCAGUAGACCAUUUCUCCAGAGAUGUCUACCAGACUUCAUCACUCUGAACGGGACUGUGACUGUAGCCAACAGAACCAGCUUUAAAGACGCUCUGGAAAUGGCACGCAGUGUUACUGAACUCCAACAUGCUGCCAAGGGCAUAACAGGACUAGUGGACACUAAGGAGCUGGGCAUGAAGAUAGUAGAGGAUUAUGCCAAGUCAUGGACCUGGAUACUCAUAGGUCUGCUGAUAUCCCUGGGUGUUAGUCUGAUCUUCAUCCUGCUGCUGAGGUUCACAGCUGGCUUGCUGUUGUGGACUACCAUCAUCACAGUCAUCCUGCUGCUGGCAUACGGUAUGUGGUACUGCUCCAUGGAGUUGUCCCAGCUGAGACACAGACCAGGCUCAGAUGUUGCCAUAGUAGAAGUGGGCCUGCAGACUGACCUGCAGGUCUACCUACAGCUCACACAGACAUGGAUCAUACUAUUGGUGUCUCUGGGAGUGACGGAAGCUUCCAUCUUGUUGAUGUUGAUCUUCUUACGGAGGAGAGUGCGAGUGGCUAUCGCCAUGCUCAGAGAGGCCAGCAAAGCCAUCGGUCACAUCAUGUCCACGCUGUUCUUUCCAGUCAUCACCUUCCUCUUGUUGACUGUUUGCAUCUCCUACUGGGCGGUCACUGCUGUUUACCUAGCAUCCUCAGGUGAAGCCGUCUACAAAGUGAUGUCUCCUGAUGCGAGCUGUCCCGAUGCCAACAGUACUUGCAACCCUGAGACCUUCAACAGAACCAACAUCUCCAAAUCAGCGUUGUGUCUGGGUUCUCAGUGUCUGUUUGCCUUCUACGGCGGGGAGACAUCCUACCACCGCUACCUCUUCCUGCUGCAGCUGUCCAACCUACUGGUCUUCCUCUGGCUGGUCAACUUCAGCCUGGCCCUGGAGCAGUGCACCCUGGCUGGGACGUUCGCUAGCUACUACUGGGCCAGGAGGAAGCCUCAGGAUAUCCCACCAUGUCCACUCUUUUCAUCAUUCAGCAGGGCUAUCAGGUAUCACACAGGGUCUUUGGCAUUCGGAUCUCUAAUUCUUUCAGUUGCCCAACUGGUCCGGAUCAUCCUGGAAUACCUGGAGCAGAAACUAAAAGGUGUUGACAACAGCCUGUCCAGGUUCAUAAUGCACUGUCUGAAAUGCUGUUUCUGGUGUUUGGAGAAAUUCAUACGCUACAUGAACCGUAAUGCUUAUAUCAUGGUGGCGAUCUACGGUAAGAGCUUCUGUACCUCAGCCAGAGAAGCCUUCUUCCUGCUGAUGAGGAAUGUGGUCAGGGUUGCAGUUCUGGACAGAGUGACAGACUUUCUGUUGUUUCUGGGCAAAGUGCUGAUAGCAGGAGGAGUUGGUGUGGUUGCGUUCUUCUUCUUCACGAGGAAGAUCCCUGUCAUCCAGGAGGAAGUGCCCAAUCUCAACUACUACUGGGUCCCCCUGCUGACGGUGGUGAUAGGUGCCUACCUGAUUGCUCAUGGUUUCUUCAGCGUCUAUGCCAUGUGUGUUGACACGCUCUUUCUCUGCUUCUGUGAUGACUUGGAGAGGCAUGAUGGUAGUUCAGAAAAACCUUUCCUCAUGUCCCCAGAGCUGCACAGAAUUCUGGGAAAAUCCAGUCAGUCGCGUUGAUAUCCAAUCCUCCUACCCACCGCAUCAGCAGCCAGUCUGGUCAGCGGUCCUGCACAGGUAUCGCCUGAUCCACCAAAUCCGAGAGGUGUCAAAGUCCCCGCUGAACAAAUGUGAGACUUCAGAAGGACAAUGGUAUUUUGGGUCUGAUCCUCUGUGGAGACCCUCAAUGACACCAAUAGUAAAAUCAGAAUCGGAAGACUUUUCUUCAAAAAUAGAUGAAAGUUACCUUAAAAUGAGGCAGCUGCCAGCACCCGGACCAAGUACUGCCCUCUGCAGUGGCACCCUGCUGCACCACUGCAGUAACUUACUGCCUGUGGUUUUUUAACGCUGUGCCAUUGAUGUCUCAAGUAAUAUUUAAGCCCUCAAAUGAGUAAGUGAGAAGAACACUGAUUCAGGGGCAAAUUCACAAAAGGAUUGCGGGACUUUUGUGGCUACUAAAUCUACACAAAUAAGACAAAAGCAAUUGAUUCUCAAAGCACCCCAAAGGGUGAAAUGCACCCGUAACUGAGCUGCCAAGCAAACAAUGUCCUGGUGCUCCUUUGCUAUUUGCAUGUAUUUAAAUUAGGUAAUAUGCAGACAUUGAGUGCAAAUAUGGGCCUUUUCUAUAAAAAUUUGCCUCAUUGCCAAAACAGUCCAAACAUCAGCGCUAAUAGCCACACAGUUACAGCGUCUUCAGAGAGUUUGUGGUAACACAAGCACAUUUAUAAGAGGUAUCCUUUCAAACGCAUUUAUGUCUCAAAAAGCGCUUAAAACGAGAGAAUGUAAUUAAAGGUGCUAUUUAUAAUAUUGAUAACAUUCAGCCGCGAGAUGUCACAUUUUCCCUCACCCUGUUCCGUUGCAUUUACUUCACAAGUUGUUGCCAGGCACUUACUGUCAUCUCAGCCAUUUCUCAAUUUUUCCCCACACUGACAACACAGAGAUACCACAUGAUACCAACGUCAUUAUACUAUUGGCUCACAAGCCUUGUUAGAUGUGGGAACCAAAUGUCAGAUUUGUAAACAUCAGAUAUAUAA